AUGUGUGUAUCACUUGGCUACCAUAAUUCUGCCGUGGUACCCUCUAUGAGAAAGAAAAGGGGUGUAGCACUGGCUUGGAAUGAUGGAUUCAAUAUUGUUAUAUGCUAUUCCAGCCAACAAGGAUUUAUAUGCUCAACCAAAUCUAUUAAAACUGAUAAGGCACUGAAGAAGUAUAAAACUCCACCACCAUCUUCAAAUCCAACUAAAACUAAUGGAGUUAUCGCAAUCCUUAGUUCACCGCUUUCCAAUUGUUUCGUGGUUGACAUAUUCACCACUGACAUCAAUAUGAUAAAGUGUGCAUUAGCAUUAAUGAGUCAUUUAAAUUGGCGAAAACGCCUUGCUUUUGAUCAUUUCAUGGGAUGGACGUUAAUUGCAUCUGUGUUUGUCAUCACAAUGCUAAAAUCUCAUUUUGUGGAACUGUGGAUGCUUUUAAAGCUUUUAUUAUUAUUAUGUUGUUUGUCUGGUGUACCGAUGGGACAUGGUGGAAGUGAUGGCGUCCAUGGAUACAUGUAUUCCCUUGAUGCUGCAGUCAAUGACUUGAAAAUAAUUUUUUUGUAUAGAAAUCAUGGGAUCUGUGACAAAAAUCCUUCCGUUGCUGUGCAUAGACCAACUACAAGAAAGAUUGCUACUCAAAUUUCUAACCAAAACCAACCUUGUCAAGAAACUAAGAAGCCAGUACAGAAUUCAUCAUCAAUUAUGAUUGAAAAAGUAUCAAAUAAGGUCAUUAUAGAUGUAGAUGAAUAUAGAGCAGAUAGUUCCUUCUCCGAUCCAAUGUUUGUGAAGCACACUGAAGAAAUUCUUGAUGAAGUCGAAAUCUUCGAGGAUAUUGACUUAAUGGAAGAGGAAGUUGAGAUGGAGGAUAUUGUUGAAGAACUCAUUUUGGAUAUUGAUAGUUGCGACUCAAAGAACACACUUGAAGUUUUAAAUUAUAUCGAUGAUAUAUAUGCUCACUACAAGAAAACUGAGAAUUCUAGCUGUGUAUCUACCAACUAUAUGGUUCAGCAAUAUGACAUCAAUGAGAAAAUGAGGAUCAUCCUAGUUGAUUGGUUAAUCGAGGUGCAUUAUAAAUUUGAGCUCAUGGAUGAGACAUUAUUCCUUAUGGUUAACAUUAUAGACAGAUUCUUAGCCCACCAAACUGUGGAACGAAAGAAACUUCAGUUGGUCGGAAUUACAGCCAUGCUUUUAGCAUGCAAGUAUGAGGAAGUUUCAGUACCGGUUGUAGAUGAUCUUAUUCUAAUUUCUGACAAGGCUUAUACAAGGAAGCAAGUUCUUGCUAUGGUAAAUAAAUCGAUAGUAAAUACAUUGCAAUUCAAUAUGUCAGUUCCAACUUCAUAUGUAUUUAUGAAAAGAUUCCUUAAAACGGCUCAGUCUGAUAAGAAGCUUGAGCUUCUCUCUUUUUUCUUGAUCGAGCUAUCCUUGGUUGAUCAUGAUAUGCUUAGGUUACCACCAUCUCUGUUAGCUGCUGCAACCAUCUACACUGCUCAGUUUACUCUUAACAGGACUAGACAUUGGAGUAAGACCACAAAGUGGCAUUCAUAUUACUCAGAAGAUCAAUUACAGUGGUUCUGGACUCGGAACAGUGAUGGAGUGGAACACAAAGACUCCCUUGUAGUGGGAUUGGGAGAAUUUAGUCAUGUUCAGUGGGAAAGUAAAUGA